AUGUCGUCGGGCAAGGUCAAGGCUGGUGCGCUCUGGGGCAAGAACAAGGAUGAUUUGACAAAGCAGCUCGCUGAGCUCAAGACCGAGCUUGGUCAACUCCGCAUCCAGAAGGUCGCCUCUUCUGGCUCCAAGCUGAACAGGAUCCAUGACAUCCGCAAGUCGAUCGCCCGUGUCCUGACCGUUAUCAACGCCAAGCAAAGGGCUCAGCUUCGACUCUUCUAUAAGAACAAGAAGUACGCCCCUCUCGACCUCCGACCCAAGCAGACUCGUGCCAUCCGCCGCCGACUAUCGCCCGAGGAGAAGUCCCGCGUCCUCGAGAAGACCAAGAAGCGCACUGUUCACUUCCCUCAGCGCAAGUUCGCCAUCAAGGCUUAA